AUGGAUGGGCCUGGACCAAGCACGACCGGGUGGAGCCCACCUUCGGACAUAUACAUAUCGGUUGUCACGCCCCCUGAGUUUGUAACUCGCGCGCGCCAGCGCGCCAAAACGAAUUUUUAUUCCCGCGAAAAAAAUACCUUUAUCUAUGGGUUCCCACCCGUUCGUUCCCGCAUGUUCAAGCCCAGCGCGCCUGCACACAAUUUUCAUUGCCGCGAGUUCAAGCCUUCGUUUUCUCGUUUUCCUUCAAACACAAUGCCUGCCAUUGCCAAACGCAGCCUUGAACUCAACGACGACGAAGUCAUGGCCGUCAAAUCGGAGAACGCACCCGAGGUCGUCGGAUCCGCCGGCAAUUCAACUCCUCAGAGGCGGAAGCUCAGAUCCAGUUCGUCGCCGAUGAAGCUUAGUCCGAUAUCCAAGCCGAUGAAACUCGGAUCGCCUCGCCGGCGACUCAGUGCUUGCGCUAACAGUUCCGCAAAUGGAAUUGAGAAAUAUUUCAGCCAAAAGAAGGUUCAAACUUUUUGCAAAUCAGUUGAGAAAUCAAUCGAUAAACCGAAAUGGGAUCCCAAAGAUGUUAAGCAAAUCAGUGAGGCGAAGGAGGCAUUACACGUGUCAACUGUGCCGUCUACUGUUUCGUGCCGCGAAGACGAGCAGAAGAGGGUUUUGGAGUUCUGCAAGGCAUGCAUUGAGCAAGAGAAGGCUGGGAGUUUAUAUAUCUGUGGUUGCCCCGGUACUGGAAAAUCGUUGUCCAUUGAAAAAGUGAAACAAGCUUUGGUUGACUGGGCAGGAGAGGCUGGAUUUCAGGAGCCAGAUGUGCUGGCUUUAAAUUGCAGUUCUCUAACGAAGACUUCUGAUAUUUUUAGCAAGAUACUUGGUAAAGACCAACCACCAAAGAAAGUUAAAAGUACUACCUCAGCCCUGCAGCUUCUCCAGAACUUGUAUUCUCAAAAGCCUCAGACAUCUAGAAGGAAGAUGACGUUGAUAAUAGCUGAUGAGUUGGAUUUUUUAAUUACUAAAGACCGGGCGGUGCUUCAUGAUCUUUUCAUGCUCACAACGUACCCAUUCUCAAGAUGUGUACUCAUAGGAGUGGCAAAUGCCAUUGACCUGGCUGAUCGUUUUCUUCCAAGACUUCAGUCAUUAAAUUGCAAGCCUAUGGUUAUAACUUUUCGGGCCUACAAUGUGGAGCAGAUUAUCAGGAUUCUUCAGGAGAGGCUAAUGACACUACCUCACACCGUCUUUCAACCACAAGCAUUGGAACUUUGUGCCAGAAAAGUUGCUGCUGCAUCUGGAGAUAUGAGGAAAGCUCUUUGUAUUUGCAGGAGUGCAAUUGAGAUUCUGGAAGCGGAACUGAAAGAAUCUAAUGACAACUUGAAUUCAUCACCAGUAGUAGAUGCAUUUUUUGAGCAGCAGAUGGCUCCUGCUCCAGUUGUGAAAAAACCGGAGAUUGAUAUUGUGAAAAUUGGUCAUAUGGCUGCUGCUUUGUCAAAGACAUACAAAUCACCAGUAGUGGAUACUGUACAAUGUCUUCCGCAACAUCAACAGAUUAUACUUUGCUCUGCCGUGAAGCUUUUCCGUAGGAAAAAGAAGGAUUCAACUGUAACAGAGCUAAAUAAAUCUUACAUAGACAUCUGCAAAUCAACACUAAUUCCCCCAGUUGGAGUUUUUGAGUUUUCAAGUAUGUGCAGAGUGCUAAGUGACCAGGGCCUCCUGAAGCUGGGUGGUCAAUGUCGAGAUGAAAAAUCUAAAAGAGUAACACUGAAUGUAGAUGAAGCGGACAUCACCUUUGCAUUGCAGGGAAUUCGUUUCUUUCGGAACUGCCUUCAAUAA